CAGGUUUCCCUGUCAUUUCUUCACCAACCAUGUUACGUUAUUCAAUUACAUAUUACAGGAACAACCCACACCAUUUCUAUCACUGGAAUGCUCUUUCAUUCUUAAUAUCCUCACACCACAUCGUACCAUGUUCUCUCACUCUUCUUCCUUCUUUCUCUGCCUUCUCUUCUUCUCCGUAACACUUUCUCACGUUUUAGGGGAUAAAGUGUUUACUGGAACGUAUGGAGUGAACUAUGGAAGGAUUGCAGAUAAUCUACCUUCUCCUCAGAGUGUGGUUACUCUUCUGAAAGCUGCAAAGAUCAGAAACAUCAGAAUCUAUGAUGCUGAUCAUCAAGUUCUCAGUGCCUUCAAAGGGUCAGGGAUUGGAAUCAUCAUUGGGCUACCAAAUGAGUUUCUGAGAGAUAUAAGCCAGGGAGAGGAUCGUGCCAUGAACUGGAUCAAAGAAAACGUUCAGCCAUUUCUUCCAGGAACAAGAAUUCGUGGCAUUGCAGUGGGGAAUGAAAUACUUGGAGGUGGAGACAUGGAACUGUGGCAGGUUUUGCUUCCAGCAGCUAAAAAUGUUUACACUGUACUCGCUAGGCUCAAUCUGGCACAUCAAAUCCAGGUUUCAAGUCCACAUUCCGAGGCUGUGUUCGCAAACUCAUACCCUCCAUCUGCAUGCACUUUCAGGGACGAUGUUCUUCCUUUCAUGAAGCCCCUUCUGCAAUUCUUCUCACAAAUUGGCACUCCUUUCUACAUCAAUGCAUACCCCUUCUUGGCCUACAAGAAUGACCCUCAACACAUCGACAUAAACUACGCUCUCUUCAAGAAAAAUCCAGGGAUUUACGACGCCAAGACCAAACUGCACUACGACAACAUGUUCAUGGCUCAAAUCGAUGCUGCUUAUGCAGCCUUGGAGAAGGUUGGGUUUGAGAAAAUGGAGGUCAUUGUUUCGGAAACUGGUUGGGCCUCUCGUGGUGACGACAAUGAAGCUGGUGCAACGGUGAAAAAUGCAAAGACUUAUAACAAAAACUUGAAGAAGCUGUUGAUGAAGAAAAAGGGUACCCCUUAUAGGCCUAAGAUGGUUGUGAGAGCUUAUAUUUUUGCCUUGUUUAACGAGAAUUUGAAGCCUGGUCCAACUUCUGAGAGAAACUUUGGAUUGUUCAAACCAGAUGGUAGCAUUGCUUAUGAUAUAGGUUUCACAGGACUCACUUCAUCAGCAACCUCGUCCUUUGUUUCCUUCAAGGGUGUUGGAUCUUUAUAUGUAAUGGUUUCUGCAAGUUGUGCGGCUUUUCUUCUUCUUGUAGCGUUAUAAGCAAUCAUAAGAUUGAAUGUACAAGUGAACUCAAUGAUUCUUUGGAUGUAACAAUUUUCAGAACUCACGAGCUAUUCAAAUUGUGGAAAUUCCGAAGUA